CAUGCUCUUUAUCAUUCUCAAAUUGACUCCCUACUCUGUUGUCUUAGGUGCCUCUAUUAUUCAAUACUGUGAACAACUUGCAUUCCCUGUGUUUAACAACAACUUAGUCGUUAAUGAGGCCGGGGAAGAUCUGAAGGCUGAACUUUUGAAUUGUCGGUGUAUCUUACCUCCACAGAGUGCCUUCUACAUGAUUUCGAAUGGAUAAGAAGCUAAAGUCUCCACUAGAAAGGCCAUCCUUUAGAAUGUUCCUCGUUGGUGAUGACUUCUCUCAGCAUCUGCCUAUACCACCUGCAUUUAUCAAGAACUUCAAUGGACGAAGACUUGGAAAAUGUACUCUCAGAGGCCCUAGUGGAAAAUGUUGGGCUGUGGAACUGGAACAGAGAUGGGAUGGCUUGUUCUUCCAUAAGGGUUGGCCUGGUUUUGUGAAGGAUCAUUUUAUAGAACUUGAGGACUUUCUGAUUUUCUAUUAUGAUGGUGGCUCAGAGUUUAAUGUCACCAUCUAUGAUAAAACUUGUUGCGAGAAGGAUGUAAAAGCAGCAGCCAAGAGGCCUGCAAGUGAUCAUUUGGCAGAAACAUCAACGGGGGGGGCCAUCUUGUUCAAAUCGGAGAAUGCGUUUUUUAUACAAACUUUGAAGUCCUAUAAUCUAUAUGCCAUGUUGAUUCCGAAGGAUAUAGCCAUAGCUGAAGGACUUAUGAGCUCUCAAGGCAUUUUGAUCAAAGAGACUAUAAUGCUUCAAGAUCAAACGGGGAGAUCAUGCCUUACUCACCUUUAUCUCAAGCCAGAUGGUCGUUUGAUGAUGACAGAAGGAUGGACAACAUGUCGGAAGGCAAACCAGAUUUCACUUGGGGACGACAUUGUUUUUGAGUUUGUGAAGCAAGGUGUGAUACUAGUUCAUAUUUUGAGAGGCAAAGGCAAUAAUAGCUCUUCUGUGGUUCUUUCAGGCUCGCAGCUCCGGAAGUCAAAAACCUAAAGCCAGUUAGUUGACUCGACUGCAAUUUUUCAAUGCGAACAUCUACAACUUGCCACUCAUCUAGCUGUUCUGUUAAGUUUGGUUGUAUUUGUGAUUUCAAGUUCAUAAUAUUAUAAAUCCAGAACUGUCAAACGGAGAUAUUGUCAAGGGAACCGAAAACAAACGAGUUUCGUGAAAUCUGAGCACGAUGGAGAGUAUUUAUCAUGUAACUAAUUCGAGGGGCGCUG